AUUAAUCUUCGAGCAUUUCAUCAGUGAAUGAAUUUUUUUAUUGUUUCACGGAAGUUAUUUCCUCUUAGUUCUAAGAAGGCUUUCCAAGUGAUUUCCAGCGCCUUCCACGCAAAUUUCACGUUUUCACAAAUCAGAGUUUUUCACGUGUCACAACAUCCACGUGUUACGAACAACAACAUGGCGGACGGCAGUGUAGUCGAAGAAUAUUCUAAACGCGCAAAAACAGCGGAGGAUGAAAUAACGAGUUUGAAGAGGAAAAUUGAGGCAUUACAAAAUUGUGUUGUAUCCGAGAAUGAAUCCAGUGAAAGUGCAAGUGAUCCGGAGUUGGAAAAGUUUUUUACUGAGAACAGCAAGCUCAAAUACCAAGUGGAGACCCUCAAGCGUAGCAUUGAGGAAGAGAAAGCCAAUUCCAAGAAGAUAAUGACCAACUGCCAGUUCACUCUGAAUGAAAUGUUUAAAAAAGCUAUUGCACAAACAUUUCCUGAUCUGCCAGAUGCUCCUGUCAUGGUACAGGCCUCCCAGGGUGAAAAGUUUGGAGACUACCAGUGUAACAGUGCCAUGGCAAUUAACCAGAUACUCAAAAGCAAGGGGAUCAACAGUAAUCCUCGUCAAAUUGCUGCAGCAAUUUUGGCAAAUGUACCUCAGAAUGAUCUCAUGCAAAAGGUAGAGGUGGCUGGAGCUGGUUUUAUAAACAUAAGUCUCAGUCAUAACUUUGUGUCAACAAUGCUGAAAGACAUUCUUACAAAUGGAGCACAGCCUCCUGCUGUUCCGGUCAAGAAGAGAUGUGUGAUUGACUUCUCCUCUCCAAAUAUCGCCAAAGAGAUGCAUGUUGGGCAUCUAAGGUCUACCAUUAUUGGAGAAAGCUUGAGUCGUCUUCUUGAAUUUGCUGGGCACGAUGUGUUACGCCUGAAUCACAUUGGAGACUGGGGCACACAGUUUGGUAUGCUUAUUGCUCAUCUCCAGGACAAGUUUCCAGAUUAUCUGCAAGUUUCACCACCCAUUGGUGAUCUGCAGGCUUUUUAUAAGGUACAUUAUGCUUUUUUUACCCAGAUCUCUACAAUUCCUCCUACAGCUUGCUGACCAAGAUUGCACUGCAA